AUGCUCAACAGCCCGGCCAGGUUUUUCCCCCUUCUUCUCACGCUUUGCGUCCUGCUGGAAGAAGGUCUGGGCCAUCCUCCAGCGGAGUCCCACCGAGGGGCGGCUAGCGGCAAACACCUGAGGACGAAGCGAUGCUCGUGCAACAAUUGGAUGGACAAGGAAUGCAUCUACUUCUGCCACCUCGAUAUUAUCUGGAUCAACACCCCAGGGCACUCCACUCCCUAUGGCCUGGGAAACCUGCAGGAGCGUCAGAAGAGAGCUCUCGGCCGGUGCGAGUGCGCACACUCCAAGGAUAGCAUCUGCGGCACUUUUUGCCACAAAAGGCCCUGGGAUCCCAGGAGAGGUCAUCGGGUGCCCACAAACCCGGGCACGCUGGAAAAGCUUCUCCGGAACAGUCUUACGAAACGCAGCAAGCUGAACUUCUGA